AGAUAUGGACAAAUCUGGAGGGGAUAUUCAAUUCAACUAUUGCUACAAGGUAAAGGCCAUCACUCACGAAUUGGUUUGGUUAGAUAUAGCAAUGAGGAUGAACGGUGGGCCUCAUCUUAUCGGGCUAGCGGAUGAGAUCAGAUAUUUUGGAAUUCACAUCAUCGUGGUCGGCUUCAAAAAAGGACGUUCUGGAGCCAUAGACCUAACCAAGAUUGCAAGUGAGGGAUCCUAUUUCAAAAACUCGACACCCAACCUAGCCGGCGAACUUCAACAUUCAUUGUGCAAAGUGAAUUGUUUUUGUAAAGAAAGAUGGGUGCAGUACGAACACGAAAACGAAAAGUACGGGUCAUGUUUGCGGAUCGGUGGAUUCAAAAUGGACUGGGAGAAUGCGAGAGAUGCUUGCAUACACUUGGGUGGUGGCAAGGGACACUUAGCCACUGUCCUUGACAAACCAAAGCACGACUUCGUUUCAGUAUUUAUCGACUUUUUGUCACCUCUCUUUUUUCUGUUGAAAGAAAACACCAUUUCAGUGAUGAUCAAGAAUGACUCAAGGACGAUGCAACCGUACAAAUACCACAUCGGUCUCUCAUAUAAUGAGAGCAAGCGUGACUACUUCUGGGAACAGCCGAAGGAUUCGGUUUCGGAGAAAAUUUCUCUAAAAGACACUGACUUCCGCAAGUGGGACAAGGGUUUUCCUUCGCUGUAUGGAGAUAGAAAAUGUGUUUUCGCCGCUCAAACUUCUGAUCUUGAGCAUGGUUGGCAGAAUGAGGUCUGCAACUCAUGGUCUGCUAGAGGAGACUAUAUUUGCCAGAUGAACGCCUGUGACACCGACAAUUACUGUCCAUAA